AUGGACAGAGAUGACAAACUCGACGAUCAAGAAAAAUCAACGAGGCAGCUAGAGAAAACCGAUCGUGAGACCUGGGCUGACGCAUUUAAUGACGACGCCAAGAAGAAAGCAGCGGAGGAAAAAACCCCUCUUGACGACAACGUCACGCUCCAGAAUCUAAUUGGCCAUUACUCAGGCAAAAACUCAACGGUCAGCAAGACUAGAGAAGGGCUAGAAUCAACAAAGGAAAGAACAUCAUCAACAUCAUCAAUAGAGGAUGAGGAUCAGAAAGGAUCAACCCUUCCUCAUUCAUCUCUCCACAUCAGUCGUAUGACCGCAGGUGCAAUAACACAGCGAUCACGACUGAAUCAACUAAGAAGCAUCUACCAGACGAUCAGGAACCUAAACCCUGAGACUAUACGAGAAACUCAUCUAGAAAAUUAUCAAAAUCAAGCGAACAAGCUGUUCGAUGACUUUACCAGAUACCACGAGUCAUUGAAUUCUACAGCAUCUCAAUUGGACCUGCAACACACGUACUACGUGUCUCAAUAUUUCGAAAAAAUGAUGACACUCCACGGGGAGAUCAGCGAGAUACUGAGCGAAUACAAGGGCAUUCUUCAAGACAGAUAUCGCCCAUCUACACCACACCAAAGAAAUAGUGAAUCAGAAAGCAAGCUACCAAGGAUGGACUUGCCAAAAUUCAGCGGACAGUACAAGGAAUGGAAGUCAUUCAUCGAUCGUUUCAACAUGAUGGUUGGCAACAAGAAUAUCACCCCAGUCGAGAAGAUGAUCAGAUUGGAAGGUUGUCUAGUGGGGGAUGCAAAGGCUAUCAUUGCAAAUCUUACAACAACGAACGAAAAUUACGAUAUUGCAAUGAAGAAACUCACCAAUCGCUACGAGAAUCAGAGGCUAAUCGUCACGUCAUUGUUCACUAAUCUCAUGAGCAUGACACCAAUGCAUAAAAAAUCGGCGAAAGGUCUUCGAGAAGUUAUCGACACAACUACAUCAACACUCAACGGGUUGAAAGCACUUCACAUUAACGUAGAAGGCUGGGACGCAAUUAUCAAUCACAUCAUGAGGACUGCAAUCGAUCCCGACACUAGGGAAAAAUGGGAAGAGAAACUAGGAGCGUCCACCAAGGUGCCCUCGUUGAAGGAAUUCAUGGAUUUCCUGAAAGCCAGAGCAAACGCCCUCGAGAGUGUCGAUAGCAACAACCCGAUCAACUCAACAACCGUGAACAGCAAUAACCAUGGGAAAUCAAAUGCAAAUAAGAAAUCCACAGUUUAUACUCACACAGUAUCCAGCACGAACAAUCAGCGGGAAAAGAAAUCAGACGUAGCUCCAACGAAACAGUCAGGAUCAAAGGAAAAGAGCUGCACACUGUGUAAGGGAAAUCACUUUAUCGGAUAUUCCUGUACAAAGUUCAAGGACAUGACGGUCAAGCAACGAAGAGAAGCCAUUCAACAGCUGGAUCUAUGCUGGAACUGCCUAGGACCUCAUAAAGUCGAUAAAUGCAUCAGUGAAAAGACGUGUCGAACGUGUGAUCGUCAGCAUCACACGUUAAUUCACGAGAACAGAGACAUCGCUUCAGCCAUCGGAUAA